GGAUUUCCUGUAAUACAUAUUAAUUGUUUAGAAUACGAGUUUCCUAGCACGGUUGAAUUUCACGAACACGGUAUACAAUACAUGCGCAGAAUUCUUACGUCCACCCAGUAUGUAUCAAUACAGUAAUCGACUCACUUCAGACUAUAAAGGAAGCAACACUUUCGUCGUGAAUUUCUUAUCUUUGCCAACGAUUCUUCAAAAUUAUGACCUCGGAGCUCUGAAUAAGAAAUCAAUUAGACCAGUAAAAUUAAAGAUUUCGACUGUACCGACCUUUCAUCGACGAAACAGUUUGGAUAUUCGAAUUUCCCGCGCUCGGCUAACGCUGACAGUUUCGAUCUUUUAUAAGAGAGGGGUUACUGACGUCAUCAAAUAAGCGCUACGGAACUGCCGUCAAGCCAUUCUCGAAAGUUCCGGAAGCCGCCAGAAGGAAAGUUUGUAUAUAUGGACGGCGCAGCUUACGCGACACUUUAGUACGUGACGAGAGGUGUUAAAUGUUGUCUCGACUGAUCUGUCAGAAGCGAGCAUCUCUUUGGUCAUAGUUACGUUUUACGGAGAACCCAGUGAACUCAGUGCCGAUUGGAUUUUCUGGUUCGAACGAUUUCAAGAACGAAAAUAGAGAUACACGUCGCGCAACCCAGUCGCCAGUCGAUGUAACGUUCCAGCACGGUCAGGAGAAAACGGAGCAAGCUCGGAGAAACGGUUCUCUAUUAGAAAUUUCGUGUCUUAGAUUAUUAAUCGAUGGGGAAGGAUUAUUAUAAAAUAUUAGGCAUAACAAAAAAUGCCACAGACGACGAAAUCAAGAAAGCCUACAGGAAAUUAGCUUUGAAGUACCAUCCUGAUAAGAACAGGAAUGCUGGGGCAGAGGAGAAGUUCAAGGAGAUAGCAGAGGCUUAUGAAGUGCUAUCUGACUCCAAGAAGAGGGAGGUAUAUGACAAAUAUGGUGAAGAAGGGUUGAAGGGAGAAGGUGGAUCAGCUGGAGGAGGGGCUGGUGGAAGAGGACCAUACACCUUCCAUGGAGAUCCAAAGGCGACCUUUGCUCAAUUCUUUGGCUCCGCGAGUCCUUUCAAUCCCUUCUUCGAGUUUAAUGGUCCAUUAGGAAACAGUGUAUUCAGUUUUCACGACGAUGAUAUGGAUAUCGAUGACCCGCUUGGCCUGGGAGUUGGAACAGGGCGUGCACGAGGACGUGCACAGAAUGCCAGUGGACCGGGUGGAGCUUUCAGGUCACAUUCGUUCAAUUUUGUUGGACCAACGUCUGGCAGAGGAGGAUCCAAAGAUCGUGCUCAAGAUCCUGCCAUAGAACACGACUUAUGCAUCAGCUUGGAGGAGAUUUUAACUGGAUGCACGAAGAAGAUGAAGAUCUCUAGGCGGGUUGUACAACAGGACGGAACCACCAAGAAGGAAGACAAAGUCUUAACAAUCUAUGUAAAGCCAGGAUGGAAGGCUGGCACAAAAAUUACUUUCCAGAAAGAAGGCGACCAAGGUCGUGGAAAAGUACCAGCGGACAUAGUUUUCAUCAUCAGGGACAAGCCACAUCUACAAUUCAGAAGAGAGGGCAGCGACAUAAGAUACACUUGCAAGAUGAGCUUGAAGCAGGCGUUGUGCGGCACCGUUAUUGAAGUUCCUACGUUAACCGGCGAGAAGAUCACGUUAAAUCUGAUGGGAAAAAUCGUAAAACCAAACUCGGUCCACAGGAUUCAAGGUCACGGCCUACCAUUCCCUAAAGAACCAUCAAGGAAAGGCGACCUUCUGGUUUCGUUCGAUAUCAAGUUCCCCGAUGCGUUAACGCAAAGUGCUAAGGACAUAUUGUUCGAUACUCUGCCAAACUGAACACGUAAAUCGAAGGAAACAAAAAAACCAUAUAUGGAUAAUUGUCAUCACAACGACAGUCCUCUAAUCGUCCCGAUUAAUGAGAGUAAACACUCGUGUACGUUCUAGUACAUAUUGCGUGGUUAGAGAGCUGUGAAAAAUAUAUUUGUUGAGGCAAGGCAAAUAAUAAUAAUUUCAUCUCAUGGUUAGGGAAAAUGUGAUUUUCACGUUAGUCAGAUGUAAAAAAAAAGAAGAAAAGAAAAUUAGUUUUUCCUAUUUGAAUUUGUGCGCAAGUUCGUUUUUUUCGUUAGAAAUCUCGAACGAAAAAAAGAAGUAUAACAUGAUAGAGGAUGUAAAUUGCUUUCUUAGUACAAUGACACGGUACUUUGUCUCUUCGCGCAGAAAGAAAGAUCCUAAAUACUGACACUAAGAAUAAAUAUAUUACAUUAAUUUAAAUGCGAUUUUUCGACGAGAGUUUGUUGCAGUGCAACUACGUGUGAAUGGAAGUUUAAAUUCGUUCAUUCUGUACAUUCAGAGUAUGUAGUCUAUUGCAUAUGUGUUGGAACGAAUGAGAGAUGGUGUAUGAAUGGUAUGUAUUAUGUUCAUAGUAUAAAUGUGUGGAAAUGUCUGGCCACAUGAAAGUGACAAACUCUGCGGAAUAUGACGAACGAACCACUAUCGUUGCCCAAUCAUUCACGUAGUGUAAUCAUACUUUUCAAUUCCCAUCUAAAUACAAGCCUCCACACGAUGACAGCCCAAAGGACUGUAGCAUCAAAAUAUUUCAAAGUGAAAUUAGUAAAAAAAUAUCUAAUCAGCAUCCUUUGCACGUUCGACAACGAUUAGUGAAACGUUUUGUCAUAUCGAGAAGCAGUCGUGCGCGUGAAAAAAAUAACUCUUUGUAAUAUCGAGCUGAUUGUUUUUCUUAUGUCGUGCGUUUUCUUAAUUUUAAUGGUUGGUUAAUUAUUUGUACGCUAAAAAUAAUAUCGAUACAAUUAAAUCCACAGAUACGUUCCGUA